GAAGUGAAGGCAUUGGAAGCACAGCUCAAGACAUCCAACGAUACAAUUAAGACAAUAACUGAAGAGACGUCGGCUCUGAAGGCAAGCAAUGAGUCCGAAGUGAAGGCAUUGAAAGCACAGCUCAAGACAUCCAACAACUCAAUGGAGACUCAGAUCAAGGAUGUGAGACAAAAAUUAUGUGGUUUCAGCAAAGAGUUCAACGCAAGCAAUGAGUCCGAAGAGAAUCCAUUGAAAGCACAGCUCAAGUCAGCCAUGGAUUCAAUUGAGACAACGACUGAAGAGAUCAAUGAUUUAAGAGAAAGUGGUUUGAGGGAUGGGUUGCGGGCAUUGAAGGCAUCAAAACUUAUCAUUGAAUCCGAUGUCAAACAAUUGGCUCAACAAAUGAAUGCACAGAAUAUAAGAUGUUCAGCGAGUGAUUCCUCUUCAAGUACUUCAUCGAUCGGAUCCCACAAUCAUUUGACCACUAAUUCAGACAAAAUCAGUGAUAAUAUCGAUAUUCGGGAAAUGUUUAAGAAAAUUGAGAAUCAAAUUAAAACACAAUACCAAAUGACAUACACUUUAUUGAAAGCUUUGGUUGUAGAGAAUGAGUUAACGCUGACAACACUUGAAGACAUCAGACAAUUGGCCGAAGACUCAGAUGACAGCGAAUCCAUGACUAGUGUUGACCAAAACUAAGACAA